AUGAGAAUCUGGAUUUGCGAGGUCCUUAUGAUCCCAGAACCGUUGAGAGAGGAGCCAAAGGUUGAUGCCGGUCUGGGAGUUUCAGACGUCCCGCCACCGGCCGCGCCAGAGCCGGAACCGCAGCCGGAGCCAGAGCCACGGGCACCUACCCCGCCACCACUCCCUCCACGGCCAGGACAACGGCCACUCACGCCGCCCCCGGUACCACCACGGCCACACGCUCAGGCUCGCUUGAGAGCUAGGGAGAUGUCGCCACCACCACGAGCACUGGGCCUUCCGCAGAAUAUGGAAUGGAUCCAUCGGUUCAGAAGAGCAAGAAGAGACGAGCAGAGAGGACGCGGUGAUGCAGGCCUUGGAAGAGGCCAAAACAUUGAUCGGCCAGGCCGUCAAUUGGAUGAGGAUCAGAUUCUCUUUCUUCAACGAUUAGGAGUCCGACAGCGCCGAGAAUUCUUAGACAUGAUUCUCGACGGACAAUUUCCUCUGCCAAAUGAGGCCUUCGAGAACCCAUUUGGAGAUUUCGUUCCACGAGAUGUCCCAAUUGAGAUAAUGGAGGAGGACAUGGGAUUUUUCGAUGACGAUGGAAUUGUCGAUGAUGAGGAUGGGAACUAG